GGAAACCCUAGGAAUUUGGAGAGAGACUAGAGAGAGUCCAUGGAAGGCUUUGCUUAGGUCUAAUGUCGUCGUUUUUUUUUUCCUCUUGAACCUCUGAGUGGGUUCAACUACCACCUACCUCUCUCUAAAUCUCCCCCCCAUAUGCUUAAAUGGACACCAUCAAUACAUUUAUCUGCUCCUCCUUUUAGUCUGCUCCAAUUCUCUCUCUGUCUGUCUGUCUCUCUCUCUAACAUGAAACAUUAGUAUUCCCACACGCUUUUACUAAUGAUAAAAUCACCACCAAACAACAUCAAGUCACAGCAUCGUAGUUUGGAAGUUGGUUCGAUGUUCAUGGUGGUCUAGUGGUCCGUUUGAUUCUCCCCGCCCAACACUUGAAGAACAACCAAAAGAACUUUUGAAACCACAAGAUACCCCACUUCCCAAAUUCUUUUCCCUUUUCUCCUUAUAGCAUUUCUGAAACUCUGUGUUAAGGGGAGAAAAAAACAAGUUCACCAGAAGCAAGAAGUGCCCUAGAAAACAUCUUGAACCCCGAAGCACUGAAUGCUCCUUAGCUGACAUUUCGCGGCUAAGGUGACGGUGGUGGCGGUGUUUCCGCAGGAUAUGGACGGAGUAGCAGCGAGAUCGAGAAGGGUUCUCACAUUAUGCGGGAGGUUCAUGAACGAGGUGGUAAGCUUCUUCGUCUUCUCUCUCCUGGACCUGCUGGACACCGCCCUCUGCCUCGCCUUCAAGGUCUCCGACUUCGUCGCCGAGGCCGAGUGGAAGCCCUGCUACUGCUCCUUCUCCUCCGCCAGGGAGGCCAUCCACGGCGCUGCCGGAGGUGGCGGCGGCGAGAUCCUGGUCUCCGAGCGCGGCGAGUCCAAGAUCGUGUGCCUCAGCUCGGGCGGCGGCAGCGGCUAUGUCGAUAAGCUACAGCUCGACCAGGUGUCCGACACGCUCUACACGAGACCUUCGAUACUCCACGAGGUCUCGGAGUCCAUAUGGCGGCUGUACGAGAAGAGGGGGAAGCAAAGGGCCACGAAGGCCACGACGGUGUUCACAGUGGACUCCGCCGUGGUGGAGAUGCUGCAGGGGAGGAUGGUGGGGAAGCAGCCGCAUCCGAUCCCGAGGUGGUCGGACUGCGACUGCAAGGAUUGCACGGCGUGGGCAUCGCGGGGGAGGAAGAGCCUCUUUGUCAAAGUUGCCGGAGCUAAAGGGUUGUCAGAUAAACCGCGUGAGGACGUACUCUUCAUUCAUGGCUUCAUCUCAUCCUCUGCGUUCUGGACGGAGACGCUGUUCCCCAACUUCUCCGACGCGGCCAAGUCCGCUUACCGGCUCCUGGCUGUGGACUUGCUCGGGUUCGGGCGGAGCCCGAAGCCGAGUGACUCGCUCUACACGCUGAGGGAGCACUUGGAUAUGAUCGAGCAGUCGGUGCUCGAGCCCUACAAGGUCAAGUCCUUCCACAUCGUGGCUCACUCCUUGGGCUGCAUCCUCGCCCUCGCGCUCGCCGUCAAGCACCCUGGCUCGGUCAAGUCCCUAACCUUGCUCGCACCGCCCUAUUACCCGGUGCCUAAGGGCGUGGCGGCGACACAGUACGUGAUGAGGAGGGUGGCACCGCGGCGGGUGUGGCCGCUCAUCACGUUCGGCGCGUCGCUCGUGUGCUGGUAUGAGCACAUCACCCGGGCGUGGUGCCUGCUCGUCUGCAAGAACCACCGGUUCUGGGAGUUCCUCACCAAAGUCAUCACCAGAAACAGGAUUAGGACAUUCUUGUUCGAGGGUUUCUUCUGCCACACCCACAACGCCGCGUGGCACACGCUCCACAACGUCAUCUGCGGCAUGGCCGGCAAGCUCGACGGCUACCUAGACACGGUGCGGGACCGCCUGAGGUGCGACGUCACCAUCUUCCAUGGCCAGGACGACGAGCUCAUCCCCGUCGAGUGCAGCUACGGCGUCCAGAGGAGGGUCCGCCGAGCCCACGUGAAGGUGAUCAAGAACAAGGACCACAUCACGAUCGUGGUCGGGAGGCAGAGGGCGUUCGCGCGGGAGCUAGAGGAGAUUUGGAGGAAAUCGAGCGGCUAAACCGAUCCUUUUUAGCCUUCCGGCAUCGCGGAGGAGCUGAGAAGAAGUACACGAUCGUCCGGUACCAAUUGGUGUUCUACCAAAAUGGAAAAUUGGGAUCGAACCGAAGUUGCUCGAAAUCGGAUACGCCUCGGGCCGCUAUCGUUUGACUUGUGACGUGUGAAAUACGAUCGAUUGCAAAUAUUCGCAGAGUUGAUGAGAUUGGAAC